AUGGACAGCCCCAGCGUCGAGGAGGAGGAUGCCCAGCUGCGUGUGCAAAUCGAAGACUUGCGGGCGGCGCUGGGCCGGUCGGAGCAGGGAAGGCUGGCGGCCGAGGAGCGCGCCUCGCAGGCGGUCCAGGGCCAGCGGGCGGCCUUGCAGCAGGCCCGCGAGCUGCUGUCGCUGCAGAGCCUCUUCAAGCACGCCGUGGAGGAGAACCGGGGGCUGAUGGUGCAGCUGCAGGCGUGCCGGGUGCGGAUCGCCCAGCUGGAAGCCGUCGGCGGCCCUGCGGCUGCUGGCGCUCCCUGCGGCGCCCAGGAGCCCGAGGCGCUCGAAGCGCGCCGGUACCCACCGCUGCCCUCGUUAUCAGAGAUGCAGGCAGCAGCGGUGCGCGAGGCAGCACCACAAGGAGGCAGCCACCUGCUGCCGACUGCUCUGCCGCCCUACCAGCAGCAGCAGGAGCAGCACCAGGAGUUGCCCGGCGUGCAGCAGCCACAGCCGCCGCCAGCCAACCCCGACUUGCAGCGGGUGUACGGCGAGCUGCAAGCCCUUCAGCUUCGCCUGCAGGCAGCAGAGCAGCGCCUGCAGCUGCAGCCCCUGCCCCCAGCGGCCAGCCAGCAGCAGCAGCAGCGGUACCCCACAAUCCAGCCUCUGGCAGCGCACGCUGCUCCUGCCAGUGCUGACGUCAACAGAUGGGGCAACUCAUCAAGCGGCAGCCCGAAGGCGGCGUGCCGGCCUCCCUCUCCCACCAACAAGCACCAGGAGCACCGCGACAGCUGGCAGCUGAUCCGGGAGCUGAAGCAGCGGCGCGCACAGCUGGAGGCGGCACGCCAGGCUGCCGCCAGCGCCGAGCUGGCCAGCCGCGCUCUGGAGUCCCAUGUUUCUCCACGGCAGCAGCCUGAGCCGCGCCCAACCAGCACGGAUAGGUGGCGGCGGCCUUUCCACCACAGCAGCGCCGCUGGCGGAGGCGCGGGGCGCAGCACCAGCCGCUCCCGCUCGGAGCAGGCAGAGGUUGACUGGCUGCUGAUGGCUGGCAGGCCUACCACGCUGCUGGGAAGUGGCAGCGACGGGAGCGGCGGCGGCGGCAGCAGGGCCUACAAGCGGCAGGGCCGUCGGGGCAUGAGUGGGUCUUGGGUGGAGCCACUGGUGCUGGCAUAG